AUGUUAUUUUGACACUGUUUAUUUAAGGGAUGACAAAAUGUAACUUGUAAUAUUCAUUAUUAUUGUUUUGAACGCUUGUAACUCAGAAUGUUUGGGAAAAUUUUUAUUUUAUUUCUCACAAUCGACUGCGUUCUGUGUCUAUUUGGGUUGAUGAGAUCAAAAUUAUUUCGUCCAAAAACUGAUGAUGCAACCGCAAACCAAUAAACAUCUUAAUGUGACUGCAGGGAGUUCCAACGUGGUACGGAUAUCCAACAUUUCAGAUCAAUAUGAGUCACCAGACGCUACAGAAAGUACAAGUGGAAAACUGCCCAAGCAGGUGUAUUUUUACAAAAGAGUUCCCCUAUUUACCGACGUCUCCGAGGAAACCAGUGUUGUGGAACAAUACUUGGAGAGUGUUGCUUUACAGAAUAGGGGACUGGUGGUGGUGAAAGAGUUCAACAUCGUGCUCCGCAAAGAUCAUGAGGUGAUGACUGAGAAAGUGAAGAUUCUGACGGGAGGUGCGACUGGGUUGGAGCCGUUACACUCCGGUCUCGUCGGGCACGGGAUGUCAACAGGCGCGGUGUUCGGCGACGUGACGUCCAGCCCACCGUACAUGAACAUCGUGGUGGCCCUCAGACUCCUCGGGAGAGACCACACUCGAGGUGUCCUCGUCAUCGUCACGAAUAACUUAGCGGACCGACUCAACUUUGGGCUGGCCUGUCAGAAGGUGGCGCAGGAGGGAAUUCACUGCUUGUGCUUGACGGUUGGUGACGAUUGUGCGGGUCUCGAAAAUGGUCACGCUGGAAAGCGAGGGUUUUGCGGAAUUGCCUUUCUCUUGAAAAUAGCCGGUGCAAUGGCAGAAGAAGAAAAAUCGCUGUACGAAAUAUAUUGGCUCGUGAAUAGCCUUAACGGGGGUUCUCUGCGUACUGUGAACAUCGCAUUAGAUUCGGGUGUUUUGAAUGUUGGUACUGGGCUUGGAGGUGAACCUGGGUCAUACUGUGUAAAGGCUAAUUCUUUAACCGAAGCCACAAAAGAAGCACUCAUGCUCUUGCUUUCUCCUGAUGCCCCUGCUUCUAUUUUUGUCGAGAAGGAAGAAAGUAUUGCCAUCAUUAUCAACAAUUUCGGCAAACUAUCUGAUUUCCACUUUAGUCUCAUAGUAAGAACGAUUUUGAAUAUAAUAUAUAGCGUGUCUGUUAAUGUCGUAAGAGUAUACAUUGGAAGAUUUUUGUCUGCACCUGUCACACAAGGGUUUUCAAUCAGCGUUCUUAAACUGGAUGAGAAAUUACUGAAGUGGUUGGAUUUUCCAGUAGGCGUGACGAGUUGGUCCAAUAGGGGCAACACAGUCGCAGGAAUUUCUCCUGCCCAAGAUUGGUUCUCGUACUACAACAGUUUAUACAUAACAAAUGCAACGAUAACUACUCUUGAGGAUCCUUACAAAGACAAAAAUAUGGGUUCAAAGUUUACACCUUACCAAGCUGCUGUAGUGGUGAAAGCGAUUUUAAACAUUAUAGACUGUGUUAUUAAUGCAGAAGACCACCUGAACGAACUGGACUCCGACCAUGAUUAUGGAACUACUCUAAAAAAGUUCAUCCUAAAUAUAAAGAGUGAAAUGGAGAUGAGAGUGUUGAACAUAGUGACACCUUAUGGAUUACUUAAUGACCUUGCGGAAAUAGCAGCAGUCUCCAUGGGAGGUAUUUCAGGAGCUGUCUUCAGUGUUAUCUUCGCUUCUGCUGCUCAGGCAUUCCUGUCAAGCUCCACGCAGACACCGUUGGAAUGUGAGAAGUGGAUCAGUGCCUGUAGAAUGGCUAAGGAGGGACUUAUUUCCUUCACCCAUGUGAGGCCUGGUGACAGAACGAUUUUAGAUACACUUCAUAACUUCGUCGAAGCAUUCACAGAUCCCACCUUGGAAUGUCUGACAGAAGCUGUGAAUGCAGCAAAGGAUGGUGUGGACAAGUCAUCUCAACCGCCAGAUCCAGGGGCUUGGAUUCUUGCUGAGGUGCUUCAACUUGUCCUCAUCCAAGUGGAGGUAUUAUUCAGCAAUGACGAGGCAGAUGAAAAUGAAGAGGAAGAAGAUGAGAUACAGGAAAAUAAAAAAGAGGAAAAUAAAGAGGUAAAUGAGGAGAAGAAUGAAAAGGAGGAUUUCUCAAGUUCAGACUAUGAACAAACAUCUUCAGAAGACAGUUUUUGAACUUUAUUCGUUUAAAAUUGUUCAUAUACAAAACCUUUAGUAGUUUACUCUUCUAUUUUAGAGUAAUCAAAUAUAUUUCUGUAAUUUUUAAAACUCAAUAAAUAAACUGUCUAAUUGAA